UGUUCUAUGACUGCAAAGAUGGAAACGACCUUCUACGACGAUGCCCUCAACGCCUCGUUCCUCCAGUCCGAGAGCGGCGCCUACGGCUACAGUAACCCCAAGAUCCUGAAGCAGAGCAUGACCCUGAACCUGGCCGACCCCGUGGGCAGCCUGAAGCCGCACCUCCGGGCCAAGAACUCCGACCUCCUCACCUCGCCCGACGUGGGGCUGCUCAAGCUGGCGUCGCCCGAGCUGGAGCGCCUGAUAAUCCAGUCCAGCAACGGGCACAUCACCACCACGCCGACCCCCACCCAGUUCCUGUGUCCCAAGAACGUGACGGACGAGCAGGAGGGCUUCGCCGAGGGCUUCGUGCGCGCCCUGGCCGAACUGCACAGCCAGAACACGCUGCCCAGCGUCACGUCUGCGGCGCAGCCGGUCAGCGGGGCGGGCCUGGUGGCUCCAGCCGUGGCCUCGGUGGCGGGCGGCGGCGGCGGCGGCGGCGGCGGCGGCUUCGGCGCCAGCCUGCACAGCGAGCCGCCGGUCUACGCCAACCUCAGCAACUUCAACCCGGGCGCGCUGAGCGGCGGCGGCGGCGGCGGGGCGCCCUCCUACGGCGCGGCCGGCCUGGCCUUUCCCGCGCAGCCUCAGCAGCAGCCGCCGCCGCCGCCGCCGCCGCCGCCGCACCACCUGCCCCAGCAGAUCCCCGUGCAGCACCCGCGGCUGCAGGCCCUGAAGGAGGAGCCGCAGACGGUCCCCGAGAUGCCCGGGGAAACGCCGCCCCUGUCCCCCAUCGACAUGGAGUCCCAGGAGCGGAUCAAGGCGGAGAGGAAGCGCAUGAGGAACCGCAUCGCUGCCUCCAAGUGCCGGAAAAGGAAGCUGGAGAGGAUCGCCCGGCUGGAGGAAAAAGUGAAAACCUUGAAAGCGCAGAACUCGGAGCUGGCGUCCACGGCCAACAUGCUCAGGGAACAGGUGGCCCAGCUUAAGCAGAAAGUCAUGAACCACGUUAACAGUGGGUGCCAACUCAUGCUAACGCAGCAGUUGCAAACGUUUUGAGGCGAGACUGUCGGGGGCUGAGGGGCAACGGAGAACAAAUAACACAGAGAGGGACAGACUUGAGAACUUGACAAGUUGCGAGAGAGGGAGAAAGAGAGAAAAAAGAAGUGUCCGAGGACUAAAGCCAAGGGUUUCCAAGUUGGACUGGGUUGCGUCCUGACGGCGCCCCCAGUGUGCACGAGAGGGAAGGACUUGGCGCGCCCUCCCUUUGGCAGGGAGCCAGGGAGCGGCCGCCCGCGGGCUGCCCCGCUUUACGGUCGGGCUGUCCCCGCGCAAACAGAACGUUAGACUUUUCUUUAACAUUGACCAAGAACUGCAUGGACCUAACAUUCGAUCUCAUUCAGUAUUAAAGGGGGGAGGGAGGGGUCGCAAACUGCAAUAGAGACUGUAGAUUGCUUCUGUAGUGCUCCUUAAGAACACAAAGGGGGUGGGGGGGGGAGGCGGGAGGGAGGUUUGCGAGAGCGAGGCCCAGUCUGCAGAUGAACUCUUUCUGGACUGCCUUCCAUAACUGUGUAUGUACAUGUAUAUAUUUUUUAAUUUGAUGAAAGCUGAUUACUGUCAAUAAACAGCUUCACGCCUUUGUAAGUUAUUUCAUGUUUGUUUGUUUGGGUGUCCUGCCCAGCGUUGUUUGUAAAUAAGAGAUUUGGAGCACUCUGAGUUUACCAUUUGUAAUAAAGUAUAUAAUUUUUUUAUGUUUUGUUUCUGAAAAUUCCAGAAAGGAUAUUUAAGAAAAUACAAUAAAAUAUUGAAAAAGUGA